AUGUUGGCCCUCACCCACCACGAGCACAAUGCGCCAGAGCUGACCUUGGCGGUUCUUGGCUGCGGAACCAUGGGAAUCGCCAUCCUCUCCGGCAUCCUAUCUUCCCUGCAGGAGAUGUCGGCGCCUCGUCCCCUGCAGACGCCAUCCGGAAGGUCAACCCCCGCCGACGAGAUCCCCGCGCGACUUCCCUCCCGCUUCAUCGCGUGCGUGCGCCGGCCCGAGUCCGCCAAGAGGGUCAAGCAGGCCCUGUGGGAGCAUAGUUCCUCCGUCAAGGUCGUCCAGAAGGAGAACGUGUCCGCCGUCAUGAAGAGCGACGUCAUCAUCCUUGCCUGCAAGCCUUACAUGGUCGAGGACCUUCUCAACGAGCCCGGCAUGUCCAAGGCCCUCCACGGCAAGCUCCUCAUCAGCAUAUGCGCCGGCGUCACCGUCCCCCAGAUCGAGAAGAUUCUCCACGGCGCCGUCCCCGAGAAGGACCCCGAAGACGACGGCCGCUGCCGCAUCGUGAGAGCGCUGCCCAACACCGCCAGCAUGGUUAGGCAGGGCAUGACCGUCAUCGCGAACAGCAACCCGCCCUUGCCCCCUCAUACCGCGAGCCUCGUGACGUGGAUCUUCAAGCGCAUCGGCGACGUCAUCUACCUUCCUGCCCGAAACAUGGAUGCGUCCACGGCGCUUGCUGGGUCCGGACCGGCGUUCUUCUCCCUCAUGCUCGAAGCCGCUGUGGACGGCGCAGUUUCCAUGGGCCUGCCGCGAGCCGAGGCUCAGAGGAUGGCUGCUCAGUCUAUGAAAGGCGCUGCCGCCUUGGUCCUUAAUGGAGACCACCCGGCACUGCUUCGAGAUAGGAUUAGCACGCCAGGCGGCUGUACUAUCGAGGGUCUUCUAGUGCUCGAGGAGGGCCGGGUACGGGGCACCGUGGCCAAAGCAGUGAAAGAAGCCGCAGUUGUCGCCAGCCAGCUUGGAAAGGGUACUUAG